CUCUCACAAAUGAGAAUCUUAUCCCUUACACACCCUCUCUGUCUCGUUAAUUAUAGAAAGCCUUUGCCUGGCCAAUUUGUCAACACUGGAUGUUCAAUUCAAUUUCUACCUGAUCCACAAGUAGAACCCCCUGAAAUCUAUGGUGGAAACUUAGAUCAGAAUUAUCGUUUUGUUCAAUACCACUUCCAUUGGGCUCAAAAUGAUAAUGAAGGUUCUGAGCAUUGUAUAGGCGGUCUUCGUUAUCCAGCAGAAUUACAUUUAGUACAUAAAGGAGUAGAAAAUGAAAAUAAAUUGGCUGUAUUAGGAAUUUUUAUUAAAUUAGAGGAUGCUAAGAAUGAUGAUGGAAACGAUAAAAAAAGAUAUAUUUUUGAAAAACAAGAAAUGGAAGCUCUUAAAGAGUUGACAGAAUUUGGAAACAAAAAAGCCUUAGAUUCAACUCAUUGUUUAGAAUUAAAAAUACCUCAUAAUUGCUGUAUUGAGCGUGAAAGCUUUAAAGGUGCUGAGACUUUCACUUCUUCCUUUGUUCGCUAUCAAGGUUCAUUAACAACCCCUCCAUGUACAGAAAACGUUCACUGGACAAUUUUCACUGACCCCGUUUUUAUUACAAAAGAACAACUUUCUUAUCUUCGCAAAAUUAAAGAUUGUAAAGGGAAUGUUAUUUCAAAAAAUUAUAGACCUGUUCAAAAUUUGGUUGACCACCAAGUUUGUCUACAUCUUACUUCUUAG